CUACAUUUCGGUGGACAGUUGUCAAGAUUGCUGUCGAAAUACUUUGAUUGAACUGGGUACGUGGUGGUUUUAUAAAUUCUAAUCCACCGUCACUCGAUCGUCAGUAGAGAAGUGACCGUGUAUGCCGAACGAUUGAACCGUCCACAAUGGCACUCAUGCUCGAUCGGAUGUUCAACGAGUACCAUCAGUACAUGGAAGAUCAUAGAGAUCGAAGAAGCUUGAGUUUUCCACUGGUGAAUACAGUAUGGCCCGUGGUGACGAUAAUCGCUGCGUACCUGUACGUUGUCCUGAAGGCUGGACCUAAGUAUAUGGAGCAACGGAAAGCUUACGAUCUUAAAACGGUAAUUCGGAUAUACAACAUAGUGCAAGUGAUAGCGAAUGGGUCGUUUUUCCUGGCGGUUUCAUAUAUUUUACUACAAAGGAAAAACUUUUCGUACGCAUGCCAACCUGUGAAUUACACCGAAACGAGAGAAGGUUAUGAAGAGCUAUACCUAUCGUACGGAUACUUCCUGUUGAAGGUUCUGGAUCUAGCAGAUACAGUAUUUUUCGUUCUACGUAAGAAGCAAUCGCACGUGUCGUUCUUGCACGUGUAUCAUCACGCUAUAAUGGUUUCGUUGAGUUAUCUGGCUGUGAUAUUUGUCCCUGGAGGGCACGUCAUUAUGCUAGGAGUCUGGAACACGCUGGUCCACGCUGUGAUGUACUUCUACUACUAUUUGGCUUCGUAUGGCAGUCAGAACUCGUGGAAGAAAUAUUUGACCAGGUUACAGUUGGUGCAGUUCGUCCACAUGGGAAUCCAUUUCGGGCGACCGGCUUUGUACGGGAUGGAAUGCGGCUUUCCUCGUAUUUGGCACUGGGUUGGCUUCCUGCAGGCUGUGUUCAUUCUAGGGAUGUUUUUGGAUUUCUACGUCAAGGCAUACGUUACGAAGAGUCGAGGAAACGCUAAGAGGAAAUCGUAGGAUAGUUUUACAACGCAGUGUUCACUUCUCAGUGGCGUGAUACAGUUAUUUAUAUUACCUGUUAAUCCUUUCUCUUAGGUAAUCCUAAGAUAGAAGCAAUAGAAAAAUAUAUUAUUCAUUCAUAAUAAGGUUACAUCAGGAGAUAUACAUUUAUGAGGAACUGUA